CUUACAGUUUCCCGCUGUGGCUUAACUGUGAACUGUGCUGUGUGCAACUUGCAUCAUUUUGGUAACACAAUUCUGUUGCAGUGGUACAUUUCUCGCCGUGUAUGCAUCAGUCGGGUCUCGCAGGUCUGUCAGGCCUGUGCCGAGUCACCGACCACCUGUAUCUCAGUAAUCGCAGAGCAGCCAGUGACUCCUCUCAGCUGACUCGGUGCAACAUAACCUGCAUCAUCAACGUCACUGAGACCAAGAGCCGCAGCCGUCCUCCUCUUCCCGGGGUAGAGUACAUCCACAUCCCUCUGUCUGACUCCCCGGUGUCUCCUCUCUGUGAGCAUUUUGACGAGGUGGCGGAUAAAGUAGAGCUCACUGCAGAGCGCGGAGGCCGCACGCUGGUGCACUGCAAUGCAGGUGUGAGCCGCUCCGCCGCCCUGUGCAUGGCCUACCUGAUGAAGCACCGCGGGGUGACUCUCCUGGAGGCCCACGGGUGGGUUAGGAACAGUCGACCCGUGGUGAGGCCGAACAGUGGCUUCUGGAAGCAGCUCAUCCGGUAUGAGAUGGAGCUUCGUGGAUGCACAUCUGUCCGAAUGGUGUCGUCCUUCAUGGGAGAGGUGCCAGACAUUUAUGAAGAGGAGAGCAGGAACAUGAUGCCACUGUGAAGAGGCCCCUGCACUGCUCUGUGGGGACAAUACUGAGCAAUGGAUAAAUGUAUGGACAAUAAUAUAUUGUAUUCUGUGUUGCAUUCCUACAGUGAAAAAAUGCUGUUUAGUCAUGUAAAGAAACAUAAAAGCAUAGUGUGCUCCCUGAUGAGUUAUAACACUGCUACAUUACAUUUAUCUGGCAGCUAUAGUUACAAGUUGUAGAUGCUUUUCAGCUUGUGGCCCCUUACAUACAAGCUGCUGGUCACAUUUCUGAGUUUAGGUUGAAACAACCAUCUACAGUGUCCAAUAAUCCACUGUAUGACUAGACUAAGAGGUGCCAGGUUUCAGGAGCAAGUUAAACAAUAUGUUACCUUCUUCAUGUAAAAUUCUGCUUCAAAUACUUUUCCACCCUGACCAGGAUACUAUUCUCUGAUAUAACAAUAAAUACUUCCCUCUGAGCAUGUUUAAAGAUAUUGAACAUUGUGCAAAAUAUUGUCAACCAGCAGCUUCAGUUCAAAAGAAUCAGUUUCAGGAAAUGUGUGGAUAAUUGCACAUGUAAUGACAGUGAGACGUAGACCGACUGAAUGUGGAAAACUUGAGACAUACUGUUAAAAUUGUGCUUAUUUUUCUUACGACAUCUCAGGCUGUUCAUCUGUUUUGUGAGAACAUCUACAGAAUGCACUUGCAGUUCUUUACACACACAAAAAAAGAAAAUAUCGGAGCUGACGGUACUUACAGAUUAAAGUGCGAUGAUUUUUUUGGUCCAGUCCAUCUGAGAUUAAAUUGGGAUGUAUGGGACCCUUUGAAGGCGUCUGACCCCCAGGUGUGGAGCCACUUGACUCAUCCGACUGUUUUCAGAGUAGAUAAACCAGAGCUGUUGCAUCAGUAUAAACUAUUAACUAUAAUAUAAAUAUGUAUUAUAAUAUGUAAUGAUCAGCUAUGUUGCCAUUUUUCUGCAUAACAAAUGCUUUUACUUUAUAUUUUUUUGAUAAUACUGUGUAGGGUUUUUGUUGUAUUGAUAUUUUUACUUAAAGGAAUACUUCACCCACAAAAAAAACAUUUAUAAAACACACUGUCAUGCUGUGUUGCCUUGAAUUUGUUAAGAAAACUUUUGUUUUUCUGGCAUGCCUCCACAGAGCACAUUUUAACAUAUUCAUUCCAUGUGAACAACAGAGAGACUGUAUCAAAACAUCCAUCACACAAUUCUUGCAGUAUAAUCUAGGGCUGCACCGGACUCAGAAUCAUGUUUUUGGUUUUCAACACAUAUUCAACGUCUUGUGCCUUAAUUCCAUUUAGUUUGAGAGUUUGAACAGGGUUCAGCGGGACAUUCAGGGUGAUGGCAAUGGUAAACAAGCCCCCUGAGCUUAUGCAUGCGUAUUACAUUACGACAGAUCAGGAAUGCCAGAGACUUGAUAUUGCAGUCUGGCUUUAAAGAGAGCAUAAAUAAGUUUCAGUUCAGUUUUAAAUUGUUUUUGCAAAUUUGCAUGUUUGGGAAGUACUGAGCAUACAGCUGGAUAAAUGAGACUUGGAUUAUACUGCAGAAGUUCUGUGAGAAAUUGCAAAUGGAU